UUCUUUCAGAGGUAUAAACUAGUCAGCUUGUCUUGUGGCGCCAGACUCCUAUGUGUACAACCAUGGUGCACCCAAAGCUGCUGCUUCUCCUCCUGGUCCUCUGUACUGUCUUGCUCCAGCGUGGGGAUGGAAGGCCCAAUCGCUCCAGGAAACAAGCCCCAGAUGAUGAAGACAUGAAGGCACAGAUAGACAAACUGUGGCUAGAGGUCAACUCCCUGAAGGAGAUGCAGGCGCUACAAACAGUUUGUCUGCGUGGAUACAAAGUACACAGAAAGUGUUACCUGGCCAUCGAAGAGCCCAAACACUACCAUGAGGCCAAUGAAGACUGUAUUGCUCAAGGUGGUACACUCGCCACGCCUCGCGACAUCCAAGAGAACAAUGAACUGAAAGAGUAUGCCAAGAGGAGCUCUCCGGGGUCCAAGGAUUUCUGGAUUGGUGUGACAGACAUUGUUAAGGAGGGACAGUAUGUGGAUGUCAACAGCAUUCCUGUCACAUUCUUCAACUGGGACAAGUCUAAAAAGCAACCAACAGGUGGCAAGAGAGAGAGUUGCGUCACCAUUUCCCUGCCCGCACAGGGCAGGUGGCAUGAUGAAGUCUGUCGCAGUCAGAAGAAGUACAUUUGUGAAUACGUAAUUCCUUAGUGUAUUGCCAACAAAGAGUGCAUAUUUUUCCAUCAAACCUGUCAAAAAUAAGAAAAUAUACUGACUUGUUUGAACAUA